UAUACCUCUUCCGCGCCGGCCUUAAAAUGGCCGCCUGCUGGCGUCUCUGGCGCUGUUGAAUGGAGAAAGCUUUAUUGUUCCCUUCGGGCAGGAGUGUUCGUGUCCUUUAUGGCGCUGUCAAUAAAGAACCGCAGUUUGAAUCGGUGCUGAACAGAGAGGCAGUGGAUUUUUAAGAAUAUAGACCUCAGAGCCAGACUGCUUGAGUUGGAGCCCAGGUCUGCCACACACUAGUUGUGUGACCUUAGGAUCUAGUGCUGAUCCUCACAAAGUGAUUCUGGAAGAAGAGAGGAAAGGAAGUCCUCAGACAGAGCUGCUGCGAUGGAGCUCCCCAACUAUAGCCGGCAGCUGCUGCAGCAGCUCUACACGCUGUGCAAGGAGCAGCAGUUCUGUGACUGCACCAUUUCCAUUGGUACCAUUUACUUCAGGGCCCACAAACUUGUCCUGGCUGCUGCCAGCCUCCUGUUCAAAACCCUGCUGGACAACACAGACACCAUCUCCAUCGAUGCAUCUGUCGUGAGCCCUGAGGAGUUUGCCCUCUUGUUAGAAAUGAUGUACACUGGCAAACUACCUGUGGGCAAGCACAACUUCUCCAAAAUCAUCUCCUUAGCCGACAGCCUACAGAUGUUUGAUGUGGCUGUUAGUUGUAAAAAUCUUCUAACUAGCCUUGUAAACUGCUCUGUUCAGGGUCAGGUGGUGAGAGAUGUCUCCACACCAUCCUCAGAGUCAUCCAGGAAGGAGCUGGAGAAGCCUGAAGUAGAAAUCCUCUCCUCCGAGGGUGCUGGAGAGCUUCAUUCUUCCCCGGAGGUUUCCACCCCUCCAGGGGGCCCUGUGAAAGCCGAGAUGGGGGAAGUGAUCCAAACAGUUGUGCAAGAGAUGAGUGUGGAUCCUUCCGCUGCCCAGGGGAUUCAGGGGAAUGCAGACACCCCACUGGAGACUCCUCUGACAGCUGAAGUUUUUUCCCCUUCUCCAGUUGUACAAACCUUUAGUGAGGCAAAGGAAGCAAGCCCAGAACCAGAGUAUGAGGGGAAACAUGACCAGCUGAAUUUUCUUCUAGAAAAUGAAAAAAUCUUCUCAGAUGCACUCUUGAUUACCCAGGAUGUUUUAAAAAGACUAGAAGAAUGUUCAGAAAUUAGAGGUGCACAGAAGGAGACCAUAAUGGAAUGUCUUGUGGGUGAGGAAGGACAGUCAGCAUUCCAGAGGAUCCUGGAUAAAGUAAGAAGUGAGAGCCUGGAUGUUCAGACUGUCGUGUCCCUGUUGAGGCUGUUCCAAGAUUCUAAUCCCGCGGUAAAGACAGCACUGUUAGACAGACAGCCAGAGGCUGUAGAAGCAGUACAGCCAACAGGGAGCACAGAGGAGGGAAAGACCUUGUCUGUUCUGUUACUAGAACACAAAGAGGACCUGAUCCGGUGUGUAACACAGCUGAGACCUAUUUUGGAGUUCCUGGAAACAGGCGAGGAGGAAUUCCUGACUGGCUCUGAGAAAAGGGUGAUUCUGAAUUGCUGUGAGGGUGGAACACCCAAGGAGACAAUAGAAAAUUUGUUGCACAGAAUGGCUGAAGAGAAGACCCUGAGCGCUGAGAGUUUGGUAAAACUCCUUCAGGCUGUGAAGAUGACGUUCCCAAACUUGGGCCUUCUGCUGGAGAAUUUGCAGAAAUUAGCUGCUUUGCCAAGCACCACAGUCCAAGCAAGCCCUGAUGAUUAUGGGAUUGAACUGUUGAGGCGGUAUCACGAAAACCUCUCAGAGAUUUUCACAGACAACCAGAUGUUACAAAAAAUGAUCCCACAUGUGAAGAGUUUAGCCCCUGGAGAAAGAGAGGUCAUGGAGAAGCUUGUGAAACGUGACUCUGGCUCAGGUGGUUUCAGUUCUCUGAUGUCAGCAGUUCUAGAAGAGCAGACUCUCUCUGCAGCAGCCAUUUGGCAACUGCUGCUGGUGGCUCAGGAGACAGAGGCCUGCCCAUUGAACCUGCUCACGGAGGAAAUACGAAGGGAGCCUGGCGCAGACGCUUUCUUCCGGGCAGUGAUGACCCCAGAAAGUGCUGCCUUCGAAACCAUCCUGAGGCAUCACAGGUUGAUCCUAGAGGCCAUCCAGCAAAGGGCUGAACUCAAGUGCUUGGCCUCAGAGGAAGAGCGCCUGGCAGAGACUGUGAAAGAGAUUCUGAGCAUUUCCUCUGAGACAGCCAGCCCUGAAGCUUCCCUGAGAGCAUUGCUGAGCAGAGCCAUGGAAAAAUCCAUCUCGGCCAUUGAAAUAUGUCAGCUCCUGUGCAGCAUCCACAGAUCUUUCCCAGGCCUGCAACCUGUCAUGCAGGAGUUGGCGUAUGCCGGUUUCCUUACUCAGGAAAAGGGAGAGAAGGAAAGGUGGAUGGUGAGUAAUAAAUUUCACCUUGAAGCCAAGGACAAAGCAGAUGAAAAGGCAGCUGAGCCAGCUGAAGAAAACUGCCAGCCUGGGAAACAGAACGGUCAAGGAGAGACUGGUUCCUUGCCAGAACAACAAGAGAAAGAUACUUCUGCCUCCCCAGACUCUGCCAAGAAGAGCUUCGUCUGUAAGGCCUGCGACAAGAGCUUCCAUUUCUACUGCCGCCUCAAGGUGCACAUGAAGCGCUGUCGGGUGGCCAAGAGCAAACAGGUGCAGUGUAAGGAGUGCAACGAGACCAAGGACUCUAAGAAAGAGCUGGAGAAACAUCAGCUGGAGGCCCAUGGUACAGGUGGAGAGCCUGACAUCCCCAAGAAGAAGAAGAAGAGGCUUCCAGUGACGUGUGACCUCUGUGGAAGAGAAUUUGCUCAUGCCUCAGGCAUGCAGUACCACAAACUGACGGAGCAUUUUGACGAGAAGCCGUUCUCCUGUGAAGAGUGUGGGGCAAAGUUUGCGGCCAAUUCUACCCUGAAGAACCACCUUCGCCUUCACACUGGGGACCGUCCGUUCAUGUGCAAGCACUGCCUCAUGACCUUCACCCAGGCCUCUGCCCUGGCCUACCACACCAAGAAGAAGCACUCAGAAGGAAAAAUGUAUGCAUGCCAGUACUGUGAUGCUGUGUUUGCCCAGUCCAUUGAGCUGUCCCGCCACGUGAGGACCCACACCGGGGACAAGCCAUAUGUCUGCAGAGAUUGUGGCAAGGGCUUCCGGCAAGCCAAUGGCCUCUCCAUCCACCUGCACACCUUUCACAACAUAGAAGAUCCGUAUGACUGCAAGAAAUGCAGGAUGAGCUUCCCCACUCUGCAGGAUCACCGAAAGCACAUCCACGAGGUGCACUCCAAGGAGUACCACCCCUGCCCCACGUGUGGGAAGAUCUUCAGCGCCCCUUCGAUGCUGGAGCGGCACAUGGUGACCCACGUCGGAGGGAAGCCCUUCAGCUGUGGGAUCUGCAACAAGGCCUACCAGCAAUUGUCUGGUUUGUGGUACCACAAUCGGACCCACCACCCUGACGUGUUUGCUGCUCAGAACCAUCGAUCUUCCAAGUUCUCGUCACUCCAGUGCAGCUCCUGUGACAAAACCUUUCCCAACACCAUUGAACACAAGAAGCACAUCAAAGCAGAGCAUGCAGAUAUGAAGUUCCAUGAAUGUGACCAGUGCAAGGAGCUCUUCCCCACGCCAGCUUUGCUGCAGGUUCACAUCAAGUGCCAGCAUUCAGGGUCGCAGCCGUUCCGGUGUCUGUACUGUGCAGCCACUUUCCGCUUUCCCGGGGCGCUGCAGCACCACGUCACCACGGAGCACUUCAAGCAGUCGGAGAGCACCUUCCCCUGUGAGCUCUGCGGGGAGCUCUUCACCUCCCAGGCCCUGCUGGACUGUCACUUGGAGUCUGAACACCCAAAGGUGACGGGCACUGAAAGCCAAGCGGCUGCCUCACAGAUGGUGCAGGUGAUUCUGGGGCCAUCAGAUACGAGGGUGCUGACACAGGGUUCCUGAGGCUUCUCUGGAGGCAGUCCCAUCACGACACCUAGGCUUUCUCCCCGGGGCUCUCAAAGGGCCCCGUGAGUGAUGCAUUCAUGACCAAGAGGAUCUUGCAGAAGAGUCUCUCUGGACCUCUUACCAAACAGAACAGAAAAUUCUAGCCUCCUGGUGACUACAUGUGAAAUGGCCCCUGAGUAGAGGGAAGCUGGAACAAGAAUUUUCAAAAGCAGAGUGACAUUGGCCUCUCCUCCCAAUUCACACACUCCCUCACCUUCUGCAGAACACCAUGGGAUGUGGUGACAGUUGCAGGAAACCUCGGAGGAGGGUAGAUGAGCUCUUUGUUGAGACCACCUUCAGCUGAAAUGCUUUGGUUGCUCCUCUGGGCUGGGCACCGGGCACAUUUGAACGUCUGGGCUUCUCACCUUUACCUGGGUGAAAAGCCCCCUCUUCUGAUAUUUCAAGGCUAUGCUUGCUCCAGCCCCUCUUUGUGUCUCUAGUUCUAUUACUGCCUUCCCGUCUUCUCCAGAGAGGGUGGGCAGGAAGGGAAAAGAAACUCCAUUCUGUUGAUUGACAGUAAUUUGUGAAUGGACGGGAGAGGAACUGUGAGCUGGCUGGGCCGCCCUCAUCCUGUCCCGUAGGGCAGCCCCGUAUAGCCAUGUUCUUGCAGGCCUCUGUGGGGAGCAGAGGGCAAGGCAGGCGGCCAGGCCUCUGGGUGCCAAUCCUGCUGCCAUUUCAAUGAGGACAGCUCUGCUUUUAUCUUUUUUAUGUAUUAGGAUUCUGGGUAAGAUGUCUUUUGGGGCGAAAAAAGGAUUCCAUUGCUAAAAGAAAAAGAAAGAAAAACAGUUUGAAAACUGCUAUCCUAGAUGAUUCUUUAUUGAACAUCACAAUUGGUCUCUUCACUCCUAUAGCAGAGACAUGGCUGAGCUUGGCGUCCCCAUUUCUGCCCACCCAGGUCUAGCGGAAAGCACUUUCUGCUCUCGGCAGCUCUCAAGAGCCAGGGUUGCUGUGCCCUCUGCGGGCGCUCUGUAUUGAAAACAUCCAGCUGUUCCGAGCUCCAUGGCUCAGAAACAUCAACUCGGAGGUUCAGGCAGGAACUGGGUGUACUUAACCAGACUAGUUCUCCCUGAGAUGGGAAAGUCAUCUUUCACAGAUGCUGCAGAUUUGGAAGGGGCGUGUGUGGCCUGUGGAGGAGAGAAGCCAGUGCCCUCCAGCCUGGUGAGCUGCGUGAGGGAGCUGACAGAAGCCACAUUUUGUCUACCCGUUCUUCU